GGGGGAGGGAGAGAGAGGAGUGAGAGGGCGUGUGAAAGAGGGAAUUUCAUCUGAGCCAACUGUACGGAGAGGGAAGAAACUUUGAGACAAAUGUAGGAAUCGCAAUGAGAGAAAGCAGGACUUUCAGCAGCAGCAGCACGGAGGUAGAACACAAGGAUAUCUUAUCUGGGGUGAUCCCUCGUCGCAAUCUCUCACGGUCUGGCACUCUCUCUGGAUCUCUUGUUUUUCUCUCUCUCUCAGACAGAGGAGAGGAGCAGCAGUGUGAAAGACAGAGUCGGUACUGGAACCGUGUAGCAGCAGCAGCGCUAUUCUAUUUUCCAUUCAUUAACCUUUUCCUUGUAUUUCUCACCUUUCGGACCCGGUUGAGAUGGCAGAGACACACUGAUUGACUGGAGGAACCUGUGGAGAGACUAAAGGAUCUCACUCCACACAACUGAGUGUCCAGAGGACUGAUCCUAAUUGACCACAGGGGAAAGAUUAAGGGACUAGGAUGGUACCUGGACGAUCCACCAGAACAUAACAUCUGACGCAGAACUUUCAGGACACUAAAGGAAAGUAUCCUGACACUACCAAAGCUGCCAGAGCUGUAUAGUCCAUAUAAUAGUACACAAUUGUCCAUUCAUAUCGAAAGCAAAACUACAAGAGGAACUGGAGAGGGGAGUAUGGGACGUGGGAUGCGUGGUGGAGUGACUCCUGGUUGGUUCCCAGGGGCCCGAUGAGUGGCAGCAGCCAUAGCACCAGCCUGCUACGGGGCCACCGCUUUUACUGCCGGGAAUGGGCCCUGGAAAAGCUCCGGCGCUGUCUGGAGGCCAGGUCCACUCCCGGCCGGCCCCCGGGGGUCCUAGUAACUGGGGGUCCCGGGGCAGGGAAGACAGCCCUAUGCACAGAGGCAGUAUGGCCCACAUCGGACGCAGGGCUGGGGGUCGGGCUGGCACCCCGCUGUUUGGGGUUUCACUUCUGCAAGCGGGAGGACGGGAGGAGCAUGGCGGUGUGGAGGUUUGUCCUGGGCCUGGUGGAUCAGCUGAGGGAUAGCCCCCUCCUCCCUCUGGGGUACAGGGAAACACUAGACACCCCCUUGGUGGCUCCCACCUUGGAGCCCCUACACUGCCAGAGGGACCCGGAUGACACCUUCAAAAGGGCAGUGUUAUUGCCUUUGCUGGGCCUCCCUCCCCCAGGGCAGCCCUUGUUUCUGGUUGUGGACUCCCUGGACCCGGGGUGUGAGUAUGGGGCCGGUGAGGGGUCCUGCAGUGCUGGGGCUCCAGGGAGGAACAGCUCUAUCUCAGAGCUCCUGUCCAGCCACCAGCACCUCUUCCCCAGCUGGCUGCUCCUGGUCUGCUCUGUACGCAGACAGAACAAGGCUGUGUGUAAGAUGUUCUCAGGUUUCCGUAAGCUGUGUCUGGAUGACCUGCGGAAGCCGGCGCCAGUGCGUGAUGUGCAGCAGUACAUCUUGCGGAGGCUGGACCAGGAAGGGGCGCUCCGCCGUCAGCUGACCCCCGAGACAGCCGACAUGCUCAACCUGCUGCACAUCAAGAGUGGCGGUUGCUUCCUGUUUCUGGAGCAGGUGCUAGACGGUGUGGCGGGGGCCUUGGUGGGUCUCCGGGAGAUCCGAGACAUCCCCGGGACCCUCAACGGCCUCUACCUGUGGCUCUGCCAGAGACUCUUCCCCAGGUGCCUGUUCCUUGAGGUCAGGCCCCUCCUCAACGCCCUCUUGGCCUCCCCUAGGCCCUUCACCACCCAGGAGAUCUACACCGCCACCUGGACCCAGGACAUGUCCCUUAGCCCUCUGGACUUCCAGAGCAGGCUAAAGGCUCUGUCUACGCUGCUCAUUGACGGGCCGGGAGGCAGCAAGCUUCUGUUCCAUGCUAGUUUUGCAGAGUGGCUGACGGACGUGAAGUACUGCACUCAGAAGUAUCUGUGUAGUGUGUCUGAGGGACACACCAUGCUGGCCAUGGCUCUCUCCCUGCGCGCCCCACACCUUAACACAGAGGACACCUGUCAGAUGGGCUCGCACCUGAUCAGCUCAGGCAUGCACAAGGACAACCAUGCCCUCCUGGCCCUAUGGCUGUUGUGGGUAGAUGUGCCCCCUCUGGCUAGCUCCUCAUACCCCUCUUCCCCUGCCUCUCCGCCCCCUGUCCUGGUCAGACAGGAGGUCCUCCAGCUGCUGAUGAAGAGUGGGGUGUUCCCUCCCUCCUGCACCCCAGACAGAGGCCCAAGCACGGGGGUACACUGUGCAGGACAAGGGGGGACCAUCAUCCGGCGGGUGCUGGAGAGGCAGGACUCAGUGAGGGUGCUCUUGGACAGCGGGGUCAGUGUGAACUGGACCGAUCCCACAGACGGACACACCCUGCUGGCCAGAGCGGCCCACACAGGCUCAGCCGACGUGGCCGUCCUGCUCCUGUCCCGAGGGGCUGACCCUCUGAUCAGUGACCACCAGGGCCAGACACCCCUGACGCUGUCUGCCAGGCAGGGCCAUGUUAACGUGCUGGGGAUGCUGCUGGACUGGGCCAGGGGUCAGCAGCCGGAGACCGCCAUGAGGAUGGUGGAACACGCGGACAGCGAGGGCUGGACAGCCUUACGGUCAGCGGCCUGGGGGGGUCACACUGAGGCAGUGCACCUGCUGCUAGAUGCGGGGGCGGACGUGGACGGGUGUGAUGCGGAGGGCCGGUCGGCGCUGAGGGCGGCAGCCUGGGGGGGUCAUGAGAAGAUCCUCCUCACGCUGCUGGACUACAGGGCGCAGGUGGACAAGGCAGACCGGGAGGGCCGCACGCCGCUGAUCGCUGCCGCCUACAUGGGACACAGGGAGGCAGUAGAGAUCCUGCUAGACCACGGUGCGGAGGUCGACUUGGCCGAUGGAGACGGACGUACUGCCUUGUCCGUGGCUGCCCUCUGUGUGCGCACAGCAGCCGGGGUCAAAGGUUAUGGAGACGUGGCCAGCCUGCUGUUGGAGAGAGGGGCUGACCCGGGGCAUAGGGACCGGAAUGGGAUGACCCCUUUGCUGCUGGCGGCGUAUGAAGGUCAUGAGGAGGUGGUAGAACUGUUGUUAGAGGCUGGGGCCGACGUAGACGAAAGUGCCGGGCCACAUGCCGCCUCCGCUUCUGCUGCUGUCACCCCACUGUUGGCGGCUGCCGCCAUGGGACAUACUAAGACAGUGGGCAGGGUGCUGUUCUGGGGCGCUACGGUGGAUAGCAUCGAUGGGGAGGGUCGUACAGCUCUGAGCCUGGCAGCAGCACAGGGCAGCGUGGAGGUGGUCAGAGCUCUCCUGGACCGAGGGCUGGAUGAGAACCAUAAAGAUGAUCUGGGCUGGACCCCGCUGCACGCCGCCGCCUGCGAGGGCCACCGGGGGAUCUGUGCCAUCCUGACGGAGAGUGGGAGCAUGGCUCGUGUCGGAGAGAUGGACAUCGAGGGACGGACGCCCCUCAUCUUGGCAGCGCAGGAGGGCCACUGUGGCAUUGUGAGGCUGCUGCUGGACCACCGAACACCCAUCGACCACCGGGCCUACGACGGCCACUCUGCACUGAGCGCCGCCGCCCUGGAGGGCCACGCUGAGGUGGUGGAGCUACUGAUGAGGCGGGGCACGGACACGGAUGUACGGGACGCUGAGGGCCGUCCACUGCUCUACCUCCUGGUUCUGGAGGGACAUCUGGACAUGGCUGCCCUCCUCAUAGAGAAAGGGGGCGUGCCCUUGGAGUCCCGGGACGUGGAGGGGCGUACGGCGCUGCAUGUGGCCACCUGGCAGGGCAACCUGGAGGCGGUGGGGCUGCUGGUCAGCCAUGGGGCAGACCCUAAUGCCCAGGAUGGGGAAGGACGAACCCCCCUGCACUCUGUAGCCUGGCGGGGUCAUGUGGCGCCUGGUCGUCUGCUCCUGGAGGUCAGGGGGGUCAACGUGGAUCUGGCCUGCCGCCAGCAGGGGGCCACGGCCCUGAGCAUCGCGGCUCAGGAGGGCCACGCCAACAUCGUGGCUAUGCUGCUGGAGGGAGGGGCCAACCCAGACCACAUAGACAAGUACGGCCGCAGCCCUGUCAAGGUGGCCGGGAAGAGGGGCCACUUCACUAUCGUCAGGAUGCUGGAGAGCUACGGAGCCAAACCGUACUCAGGCCUUGUGCCCCAAUCGAACACCCGGUCGCCCAAGUCAUCCACUGUGAAGAGCCUGUACUCAACCUGCUCAGAGAGUAACGAGGCUAGCGCCUCCACCUCCUCAGCCUCAGCCUCCUGCUCCCCAGGCUCCACAGCCGAGCACUUCCACUCCAUCCAGAGCUCCCAGACAUCCUCCUCCACAGCCCACUCCCUGGCCACGGUGCAGACCGUCCCCGCUGACAGCCUGUCUUUCACCCAGCAGAUCCAGCAGCACUCUCUCCCCCGCAGCCGAUUUCGCCAUUCCACCCUGCCUCCGCCAGACUCCGCCCAUGGCAGCCUGCACAGCAGCAGCCGCAGGGCCCAAUGCCCUAAGGCCAGCCCUCCUCCAUCCACCCUCUGCACAGUCACGGCCACGGUACAUGACUCUGAACAGCCUUGCAAAGGCUACCCAAUAGGGUUCGACUAUCCCAGUAAACACAAACCCCCCAGCCUGAUCCAGGAGGAGAGGUCUCAGUACGAAGGGGGGAGGUGGAACUCUGUCAUGGCUUCUCUAGGUGUGACGCCUGGACAAGAUGGCCCCAAAAACAGGAACUGUCUCCCUAUGGGCUACCCCUAUGAGCUCCAGAGCCCAGCCCAGAGAGAGACACGGGAGGAGAACCAGAAGAUGUCUAUAAAGUCCAGUAGUGCCUUAUCUACUGCCUGCACGGUGGUCAUGACGACCACGGACCCCCAGCUCAACCUGAAACAGGCCAUCAAGCUGCAGUUUGAAGGGCCCACCAGCGCUGCCUUAUACAAAAGGGAGACGCCCCUGUGAACUACUGACAUCUACGGUUCUGAGUGGACGAAGGACAUAUUCACGGUGAAUAAUGGCUCUUACAGGGCAGAUGAUCUCUCCCUCUACCCUCUGGUCAUCCCACCCUCUCCGCUCCACCCUCAACAGAGAAGAUGAGAGAGGAAGGGAUCUCUCCGCUCCACCCUCUGGUCAUCCCACCCUCUCCGCUCCACCCUCUGGUCAUCCCACCCUCUCCGCUCCACCCUCUGGUCAUCCCACCCUCUCCGCUCCACCCUCUGGUCAUCCCACCCUCUCUGCUCCACCCUCUGGUCAUCCCACCCUCUCCGUUCCACCCUCUGAACAUCUCAGCCUCUCCGCUCCACCCUCAGCAGAGAAGAUGAGAGAGAGGAAGGGAUAUCUUCGCUCCACCCUCUGGCCAUCCCACCCUCUCUGCUCCACCCUAAGCAGAGAAGAUGAGAGAGGAAGGGAUCUCUCCGCUCCACCCUCUGGUCACCCCACCCUCUCUGCUCCACCCUAAGCAGAGAAGAUGAGAGAGGAAGGGAUAUCUUCGCUCCACCCUCUGGUCACCCCACCCUCUCUGCUCCACCCUAAGCAGAGAAGAUGAGAGAGAGGAAGGGAUAUCUUCGCUCCACCCUCUGGUCAUCCCACCCUCUCUGCUCCACCCUAAGCAGAGAAGAUGAGAGAGGAAGGGAUAUCUUCGCUCCACCCUCUGGUCACCCCACCCUCUCUGCUCCACCCUAAGCAGAGAAGAUGAGAGAGAGGAAGGGAUAUCUUCGCUCCACCCUCUGGUCACCCCACCCUCUCUGCUCCACCCUAAGCAGAGAAGAUGAGAGAGGAAGGGAUCUCUCCACUCCACCCUCUGGUCAUCCCACCCAAGGCUGUAACUUUGAGUUUAAGUGAGGUUCUGGAAGAGGGGGG